GCUUUAGAAUGUGAUAACUCACAUAUCUGAUAGCACCGUGGAGUAGCCCAGCACUCAUCUCUGCUUUCCAUGCUAUGUUCUCUACACUGAAAAAUUAUGACAUCAACAUCCAAAGGCAUUCUUCGCCCAUUUCUAAUCGUCUGCACCAUCCUGGGCUGCUUCAUGGCAUGUCUGCUCAUUUAUAUCAAGCCCACCAACAGCUGGGUCUUCAGUCCAAUGGAGUCUGCAAGUUCUGUGCUGAAAAUGAAAAAUUUCUUCUCCACAAAAACUGAUUAUUUUAAUGAAACUACCAUUCUGGUUUGGGUAUGGCCAUUUGGACAGACCUUUGACCUUACAUCCUGCCAAGCAAUGUUCAAUAUCCAAGGGUGCCAUCUCACAACGGACCGUUCAUUGUACAACAGAUCCCACGCAGUCCUGAUCCACCACAGGGACAUCAGCUGGGAUCUGACUAACUUACCUCAGCAGGCCAGGCCACCCUUUCAGAAAUGGAUUUGGAUGAAUUUAGAGUCACCCACUCACACCCCCCAAAAGAGUGGCAUUGAACACUUGUUCAACCUGACUCUAACUUAUCGCCGUGAUUCAGAUAUACAAGUGCCUUACGGCUUCUUGACGGUGAGCACAAAUCCCUUUGUGUUUGAAGUGCCAAGCAAGGAGAAGUUAGUGUGCUGGGUUGUAAGUAACUGGAACCCUGAGCAUGCCAGGGUCAAGUAUUACAAUGAGCUCAGCAAGAGUAUUGAAAUCCACACCUAUGGGCAAGCAUUCGGAGAAUACGUGAAUGAUAAAAAUCUGAUUCCCACCAUAUCUACUUGUAAAUUUUAUCUUUCUUUUGAAAACUCAAUUCACAAAGAUUACAUCACAGAAAAGCUCUACAAUGCAUUUUUGGCUGGUUCAGUACCUGUUGUCCUGGGACCGUCUAGGGAAAACUAUGAGAAUUAUAUUCCAGCUGAUUCAUUCAUUCAUGUGGAUGAUUUUAACUCUCCCAGUGAGUUAGCAAAAUAUCUGAAGGAAGUUGACAAAAACAAUAAGUUGUACCUUAGUUACUUUAACUGGAGAAAGGAUUUUACUGUAAACCUACCACGGUUUUGGGAAUCGCAUGCAUGCCUGGCAUGCGACCAUGUAAAAAGGCAUCAAGAAUAUAAGUCUGUUGGUAAUUUAGAGAAAUGGUUUUGGAAUUAAAGUGUCCAUCAUUGUCACAGUGAAUAAGAUUAAUGAGACAUCAUUCAAGUUUUCAGGAUAAGAAGAAACACGCUGCAUUUGGGGCACAGUUUGAUUUUUCCUGCCCUCCCUUGAGGACCAUGUAUAUUUUGGUAAAAAGUUUUAAGAGAUCAGAAUUAGCAAUCACUCAAUUUGGUUUUAAAUUAUCCUGUAUAUAUGUGAUAACGAGCACUGGAAAUAAUUUAUUCGUCACUCUCAUUUGUAAACAUUCUGUUUUUACAUUUUAUAGUUGACUGUAAAGUAAAUUUAUGAUUUAACUGUUUCUACAUCAAUCAGAUCUUUAAUCUAUUUGGGGAAUAAAAAUACAUAUCCUAAACUAUGAGAGACUUUUUGCCAAGUAUUAUAAAGUAUAGAUUCUAGCUUGUAUAAUGAAUGAUAACAAAGAAGAAUUAUUGAAUCACUUAACUCUUAAUCUCUUUGACUUCAAAGCUGAACACUACUGACAACUGAUAGAGUUUUUAGCUGUACCACAUUUGUGAAAGUGGGCUAAGUGAUGUAGCAAAUAAGAAAGAUAUGAAGCAGAAAUAUUAUUAGACUUCACAUUCAUUUUUAUUAAGUUGUUUUGCAAAUGCAGAUUCCCAAUAUUUUAAGUUAAAGAAAACAAGAUUUUUCAAUUGAACAAUUUAUAUGGUUUUAUAUGUUUGUUUUGUGGGUUUAGUCCCUAAUAAUACCUAAGAGAAUCUUUUGAUAGUUCCCUUUCAACCAUGAAGAUAAUAAUUAUUUUAAAAAUAAAUAAUUCCCUGUUAUAACAAUAAAAAUGAUAUUGUCAAAUACAAAUAAAUGUAUAAAUUAUACCAUUUAUAAAACUUUAAUUAUUUCAUUCAUUUGAAAUAUUUUUCCAAAGCAUCCAUAUUUAAGUUUUAUUUUACAAUAUUUGGUAAUAAAUAGAAAUAAAACUUGAAAUAUCUAUCUGAUCAUUUAAAAGAGCUUAAAAUUUUUACCAAUGGGUCAGAUAUGUCAUAAAACACAAUAAAGUGGGAACCUACAAGUAAUACAGUGCUAACACAGAGUGAGAUUUCAAUAUGUAUUUAUUAAAUAAUUAUCAGUAUUUAAAAAGUCAUGGGUAAAUUUUUGUUUUUGAUAAAGGAACAGUUCUAGCCAAGAGCUAUUAAUUGAAAAGUAUCAUUUUAUACCAUUUAAAAUAUUAUCUAUAGAGAGCAUAUGUUGCUAUUAUAUUCAGGGCUUUACACAGCCAAUCUAAACUUAUUGCACUGAAUUUGGGAGCAUGUUAUCUAUGAACUUUCAUUUGCCUGCAAAAUUCUCUUCCGUGAGUGUACAGGAGAUAAGGGGGCAUAUGCAAAUACAAUAGAUUAGAAAAAAAAGUGAUACUGAGUACUCUUACAGAAAAUUUUUCUUCAAAGGAUUUCUAAAGCCUGUGUUCUAUUCUGUUAAAAAAACUACAGAAAAAGUAAUGUUCUGAUGGUAUCUAUUUGGAUCUUUUGUGACUCUUUAUAUUUCUCUAUUAUGUAUGGCAAUCAACCGAACUCAGGCUAAUUCUCCUCAUCUAUAGAGAACAUUCAUUUCAGUUUGAUAAGCAGGAAGAUUGUGCUCGAUGAGACAUAAGCUCCCUUAACACGGGAAACAUUUGAGCAAAGAAAGACUACAGAAUUAAAUGAAGAGUUUGAUCCCAUAUUCUCUUAAAAAAAAAAAAAAAGACAUGGUUACGCAGGUGAUAUUGUCGAUCCCCAACUGCCACAGAGGUAAAUAUGAAAAUGUGUUGUCAUUGCAGGGUUUGUGAAAUAAAGCUUCCUAUAAUUUGCAUCAACCACUCUCAAUGGAGAUUUAGUGAAAAGAAAUACUAAACAGUACCAGCAAAUUUACCCCAUUGUGUACCUACUCAACAUGUGUUAGAGUGGCAAACUUUUUCUACUCAUUUGACCCAAUAUACAUUUUUCUCUAUAUUAUCUCUUUUUUGCACACAUAUUUACAUGUAUACCAAGAAAUCAUACAUAUACAUAGAUACUCUCCUAAAAGCUCUAAUCGUAUAUUUAUUUGCUUAAAAGUCAAAUUCAUGCAUUCACUUGUGGGUUUUUUUUUUUUUUUUUUUUGGAUCCGUAAAUGGUAGAGACCUAAGCAUGCGCUAAGUUUAGAGUUUGCUUUCACUGAAAGCUGGAAAGCAUUCAAUGUUGCUUCCAUCCACCAUUGCUAUAUUGGAUGCUAAGAGACCUGAAGGCAGUUGCCUCUUUUGUAGGCUAUGAAUUUGAGCUCGUUCUUGGACUGAAACUACAAUGAAAUGCCAAUAGUGUAAGCCAAGCCAAGGUAUCAAGUAUUCCACAAGUAUAUCUAUAUAUUUAGAGCCUGAUGCCAAGCCACAGAACGACUGAACUUCAAGUCCAUAGUUAGAGCUAGCUUUUUAACUAGAAUAUACAAUAUUAAUAAGUCAAACUCUUCUUCCUUUCUGUGCACUAACUAGUUAUUUAUUUAUGACAUAUUUAAUCCUGAUAUGUUGAGAGACAGGCAUGUCAACCGCACAUGUAGUGAUAAUAGAAAUUAGAAUUUAAGGAUCCUAUUGCUAUAUUUCUCAGUACCUAUAAAUGUGAAUAUCACCUGGCAUUAUUUAGUCCCUGUAGGAUGGUAUGUUCUGGGAGGAUUUUAGCUUUUGAAAAUAUAUUAAACAGAAUUUGAGACGUUGACAUUCUUUCUGAUAUUAUUGUUUGAGCUGUUGAACUUUAGCAGAAGGGAUGAGCUUCACUAUGUGUAAGUGGAAAAUGAACCACUGAAAAGCUAUGCUAUAGGCUGCUCUGUGAAUAAAUCCUAUGGCUCACACUUUCUGUAAGGAUAUCUCUUAUGAAAGAUUGAUUGAUUCAACCAAAUUGGAUUGCUGCUGGUAUAAUAAAAGCAGAUCAUAUGCCUAGAGAUCAAUGAUGGCUCUAAAAAGAUAUCAUAAACAAGUUGUCACUUAAAAGUGCAGAAGUCAUUGUCACCAGUGCUGAGUAUUUAAUUGAUAAUUAUCUCAGGCCUUAUUAACAAGAAUACAAAAAUAAUUAUUUUAAGCCUCACUGAAGAGAAAUAUACUGACUUAUCUAUUUAGCUGUAUCUAUUGUAUUUUAGAGAGUGAAGAUCAUGAUAGCCAUAUAUUUUAGGGCAGUUAUCACCUGAUGAAGUAGAAAGUAUAAAAUAUACCCUCAGCGGGAAACCAGCAUCAGCUUACAAGAUUCCUGUUUACUGUGAAAAGCUCAGUCCCAGAGUGUACAAAGCUUGGACCAGAACUGUUGGGGAAUAAAUGAACAGAACACUUAAGGAAUUAUUCUCUCAGUCUUUAAACUUUUGCCUUUAACUGGAUAUUAAAUAAAGAACGAAUAAAAUCAGGAAAUAAGCUACUUAGAUUUUUUUUUUUUAACUGUACUUUCUUCAGGGUAGAUUUCAUGGCUGUUACUCAUCAAGAAAGUGUUUAUCUGAAUUAAUGUUUCAAAAUAUUUUAGUUCUCCACAUUUUUAUUUUAUGCUUGAUGAUGUCAGCUCCCCUCAACUCUAAUCUCAAGAGAAAGGGCUUUGUUAGAAAUUGUCAUCAAGGUUUAGAUAUAAGAGAUUUCAGAAGCUAAAGGGUAAGCAUUUCUUCAUACAGGAGGGGUUAUUAAUGAAUACCUGGUAAAUAGUUACAUCAAUGAAAUUAGUGGACAUGAAAGAUACUUUUAAUGUAGUCAAAGUAACACCUUCUUCAUUCGAAAUGGGGAUAAUCUUUUCUGUUCAAAUUGCUUCUAGAUUCAGAGAACAGAGAGGUUAAGUCCUUCUUAUCAUAUGUUUUUUUAAAAACCCAAAAGAAAUAAAUACUAUGAAAGAUUAAACUAGAUUUGAAAGUUCUUAGCAUUCUAUUUUAAUAUUAACCAUUCACCAACUGUUAACCUAAUAGAAAUGAAAUCAGGAUGUACGGAGAAUUGAAAAUGAAGCACCAGAAGAGGCAAAUGUGUAUUACCAAACUGUGGGGAGAGAAACCGAGAUUCACCCUUCAUUCUUGCUAAUUGGAUUUGCUGUAUAGUGAAACAUCCUGCAAACAUCAGUUAAUCGGGUGAUUUUUGCUGUGGGCAGCUCUCCUCUGGAGUCUUUAUGACACUGAAAAUGGCUAAGCUCUGCUACUAUUCAAAGUAUGGUCCUGUGUGAUUCAUAUUCAAUCCGUCCAUAUUCAUAAGCAGUUAAGAGAGCCUUAAUGGUAGACACACUAUUUAACUAGAAAUACGAGUAAGUCUGCCCUAGACUAUCAUCGCAAAAAAUUGAAGCCUUGAGAAACUCACUUGACCUCUCUGGAUGACUGUGUUAGCAAGAAUUUCUUCAGCACAACUGCUUUAUAAUAUGAGGACUAAAUUGAUAUGUGCAUAAAUUUGAGUUCCCUUGCCUAUCCAAAAAUAUUUUUGGAAGUUAAUACUCCAAAUAGAAUUCCCUUUCUUUUCUCUAGAACAAUAGAGAACAUAAACUUCGUUCUUUACUGAAGCUUACACUAUAGCAAGUGCUGAAUUAACUAAUCUCUCUCCUUUAUAUUUUUCUUCCUCUUAGGUCUUUUGUAACAUACAGUUUCUUACACCUAGUUACCUACAGAAAACAACCAUAUAUUGAACCCUAUUCUAAAACAGUUCAGUUUUUUUAUACUAUCCAUGUUCUUACUAUAAUAAUCUAAAACUAUUUAUUGAUGCAAACUCAGGAAUUCAGUGGAAGCAUGUGAGUUCCUUCAUCAACAGGAAUAGAGUUUGAGUGUAUAAGAUUGACUAUAUUUAGAAAGCUUAUUCUUUUGACUCAAGGCUAACUUAUUUUCAUUCAUUUAACAUACGUUGGAUAUAUUCUCAUUUAAAAGUAAAUUCCAUACCACUAAUGUUUUAAAGCAUUACUCAAGGCACUGUUCCUAAGCCAUGUAAUCUAGAGUUUGCAGAGAUAUUUAUUAAUAAUACUGACACCUGGUCCAUUUUCCAUAAAAUUGGAACCGUUUCAUCUAAGAAAGCACUGGUCUACAGAGUGAGUUCCAGGACAGCCAGGGCUACACAGAGAAACCCUGUCUUGAAACACAAAAAAAAAAAAAAAAAAAGCAAUAAAGGAAGAAGACAGAAACCAUGUUAUUACUACAAUGUUAUUUUAUGCCUGCCAGAGGUUCUCUGACUCACAUCUGCCUUGAGAACUUCCUAGAUCAAUGGCAUAAGAAUUAUUUACAUCAUUUGAAAGAUUGUUAUAAUGCAUAUGGUUACCUAGGUCUGUAUUUUUAAUGAAUCCAUAGACAAUUCAAAUAUGUUGCUAGUUUUGUAAGUCUGGGUCCUGUCUAUUAAGCAGAAGUAAUUCUGUACUCAAACAAUACAGGCACAAGAUAUUGCCUUUCCUUAGCUCACUUGGGAUCUUCUUAAGUAUACUGGUAGGUGUAACUAUAUUUCAAAGCCCUAGAUGUUCCUCAAGCCUCAUUAUAUCUAGUACAGUGUGCUGCUCUUCAGCUAUGAUUUAGGACAAACUGUUCAUCAUUUCCUGAAAAUUAUUUUUCACAAUUUUUCUUUGAUUUUUAAAUGCAUUUUUGUCUGUUUUAAGUACAAAAACAAAGGUAGACAGUUAUUAGGAUCUCCUGCAGCCAUCAAAAUGGCACAUAUUUGAUCAAUUGCUUUCCUGGGUCUCAGAAGCUUAUUGAUAGGUAGGAUAUGGCAACAUGUUAUAACACUUUGGAUUGUCCACAAUCAUGAACUCAAUAUUACAUGUGAGCUAUUCACUCACUAGCUCACUCUCUGUGCCUGAUUUCUUCUCUGUUGUUAUCAUGAUUUGUAUGUUUAUAGUAGGGGUAGCCUAUUUUGAAAACAAAUGAAUGCAUCUCUAAAACAUUAGACAAGUACAUGUAUGUGUAUUCUGUGACUAUUCUACCACUGACAUAUGCCUUUGAUCAUUAAAAAAGAGAAUAAGAGAAACCUAGAAUACAUAAAAAUUUCAGCUCUAAUAUCCAUUGCUGUUAGGUUAGCAGUUCAAUUCGUAAGAAUUGCUGAAAAUUUAAACAAGCCAAAGGGUGAAUAUUCAAUAGAAGAGAAACAAACAUAGUGUGGAAGAUGGCAUUGACAUCACUGAAAUCAGAAUGGCUACUCCUCGAUAGAAGGGAUAUACACAAACCUAGUGAUGAAGCAUGCAGUAACAUCUACUGAAAUUAGAAAGUACUGGAAGGUGAGUGGGGGUGGUGGCAGUGACAUAUAAACACUGAUCUUCUCACUAACCACAUAGAGCAUUUCCUAAAAUAUGCAGACCUAAUUUUCACUGUUACAAGAAGUCAGUAAAUUAAUAUUAAUUUAGCUUGUUAGCAGUUCAUACGGGUGAAGUCCAUGGACAGAAUCACAGAAAGAUUCUCAGGGAUCAUUUUCUGGUGAGGAAAUUGCCCUUAGAAAUAGCCAUCAACUUGACUAAAUAUUUCACAUCAACUGUUGGCUUAGGCACAGAAGCAGCUGAGGGUAGAUUACAAGAGAGCUGAAUCUCCCUUUAUCUUUCCUAAAGAUUAAAAAAAAAAAAAAAAAAGAGGAUGUGAAGAUAUAAAUUCAUUAAACAGAAAUUAAUUUGUUCAGUGAUGCAGAAAUCGAGCAAUGAAAAUAAGUUUAGUAGGCUGUGAUUAAGACUCAACAAAUUCUAUGAUACAUAAGAUUUUGACAUGAACAAUCUCAACUGCAUACAUAUAAUUUUUUAGUUGAAUGGCCCCAAAAAAGUAACAUUUAAGGAAAAUUUCCACAUGUAAAAAAGGAUAGUAAUUAAAAUAGCAUAUUAAUUAUUUUAAAUUAUGUUUCUUUAAAAGAUGCUAGAAAUGUCAUAUUUUCAUUAUAACAUCAAAAUACUUCAAAAGUUGAAUUGGUUUACUGAAUUCUCAGACAACCAAGUGUUUUUUAAAUUAGUUGAACAUGUAAAGGACAUGAAAUAAUAGACUUGGAGUUUCACUGCAAAAAACAUACAAAUUCUGCUGGAAUAAAAGUUUUACAGGUGCUCUCUAUAUGAAGUAACGUGGUAGAAGCAUGUUCAUAUUUCUACACAGACCACCAUUCCCUUCAAUUAAUGAGGGUAUAGCAGCUAGACAGUCAGACUUGCGAAAAUGGUUUGCCAAAUCUCAGUUAACAUCUGAGACCCAGUACUACUCAUUUUAUAAGAAAUAGGAGCCGGUUACAAUGCAUCCCUCAUCUCAAGCUGGUCUCAAUAACUCCCUUCAGCUCAUGGUUAAGAAAAUCCUAGAGAAACCUUUUCUUGUCAGUGUGAGAUCAGCAAAGGUAUGCUCAUGUGGGUUCACAUAUGAUGUAAACAAUGAACAACACAAGACCCAAAUCAAGAAUAUCUACUUGUCUACAUAAAACUGGAUUCCAUCUACAUUAUAAGAAAACAUGAUCAAUCGCAGAUUCUAAUGCCAUGUUUUGUGUUUUUUAAAAGUAUAACCAAGGGACUAGGAUUAUGUUUUUCCUCUUUUUCUCUUUCUCUCGCUUAAAAUCAGGUAUGAUAAGAGUCAGGGAUUACAGAGUAUGUCAAUGUAAAAAAAUUAAUACUUUUGUAGACUCCUUAAGAAUCAAAAAAUACAUUGAAUAUACUUUUAAAAUAAAAUUAUCUUCUCAGUAGUGAUGAGGUUUAUUCUGCAUGUAUACCAGCAUGAGAUAAAGGAGUACUUUUUAAAGAUAAACGAUAAACAGCUUAAAAGUGUAAAUAUAGACUUAGGUUUACCAAGAUUCAAACUGAAGCAAGCAUCAAGAAGAAAGAAGAAAAUGUGAAACAGACUCAUGAUCAAAGUCCAUUCUUUGAGCUCCCAGAACCUAUAGUGUAAUUUGCUAGCAUUUCUGACCCACGGAUUUCUCAUCUGUUAUCUAAAGGUGAUAGGCAGUACAUUUGAUACCCCUAAGAAAGACUGCAUAAUAGUAUUGAUCUAAAACCCUGGUCUAAGUGUUGGACUGCCAUAUAUUCUGAACUUUCCCUCCGUGUUCUCUCCUAGGUGGCUUUGUUCAAUGAGUGGUAGGGAAGGGUCGGGGGAAAUUUGCAUACCAUUUUAAUUGCUGCUACAGAAGAAAGUUGUAGAGAAGUAUCACAAAGGAAGAACAGGGAAUGUGUCUACCAUCUUGAUUCCUUCCACUCAAGGCCGCCAUACAGGCCAUAGCCAUUUCUUGCCCUGAGUGGUUUAAAUAAUUUUCAUAAAGGAUUUUAUACUCAAUGAAUUGAGGGCAAAGCAAUCACUCUGAAACAAAAUGUGCCAAUUUUCCCAAUAUGCGAACUGUAAUGAUCUGUAAUUCAUAAAACUACUUUGAGAGCAAUUGAAUAUUUUAGUAUUGUAAUUUGCACUAUGAUAUUAUGAUGUUCAGGCAAACUAAAAUACUUUGAAAUCUAUUGCCAAAUGUACAGUUCAUAGAUUCAUGUUACUUCUUAUAAGUGUUUCAUUGCAUUGUAACAGUUGUUUAAUAGCAUUAACUUUCCCUGGGUGUGUUGUUAUGAUGCAGAUCUAACAGGGUUAUUGUAAGCACACUAAUUAGUCAUCUGGGGUUUUAUAGAUUAAAAAAUCAUACAUUGAUCAGAAAUCACUUUUCUACUUAUUUUUUUGUAGAGUAUUUUUCCACACUUGAAAAAAAAACAUGAUUAUUUUAUAUCAAACAUCAGUUUUUCUUUAAAAUCUUAUUUUAGUAGCCAAUGCAUGUUUGAAAUAAGAUGUUAAAUAUUAUAUGACAAUAGUAAGAUUGUGUUUGUAAGUGAAAAAUGCAUGUUUUAAUGAAUCAUACAGCUUUGGUGGCAUAGUCUUCUACUGCCACUUUAUAUGCAAGCUUUCUCUUAAUCUGAGUGCAUGUAUCACAUGCUUUCAAGAGUCCUUUUUUAGUAUUUACAAAGUGACAUGUGACUUUUAGUGCUGAUGAGCCAGUGAGCCAAGAUGAAUUCCUGCUCUGCUUUCAUUUUUCUUCUUUACAUUAUGUUGGAAAUUUUCUCAGAAAACGUUUUUCUUGGAGUUGUUGGCAAUGAGCUAUAACAAAUGAAAGAAUUGGCUGGUAAACCUUACAGGCAACUUACUGUUACAAAGCACGAAGGUGUGAAAGGGUCAUUUUACAAGUUUCACUAGAUGAACACACUAUUCUGGCAUCUUUUGGUAUAAUUAAGAAGAGCUUCUCGUUUUUGAAACACUGCCAAAGUCAGUUCUACUGCCAAAAGGGAGGGACACCAAGUCAGACCUGCAUCACACUAAACUGAACAAUAACAGAUUGUAUAGACUCUGUAGACUGCCCAUCAGUACAGCAAAGUGGGAGGGGUAUACCCACUCUUGUGUUUCUUAGUAAUUUGAGAAAUGAAUAAGGAAUAUGAAUUUUGGCAACCGAGACAUGCCUUUACAUGCUGAUAACUCUCGGCAAUUUUUGAAAUGAAACUCAUCCCAUUCUG